AUGGAAAUAAAUAAGCCAUUAAUAGUACCUGACAUUUAUCUUCUUCAAGGCACCAACAUCGACGGAUCAAUUAUUGAGGUGACCUGGGCCAAGCCGGCGGACAAGGGUGACCCGGUUCGACCCCAGUCAUCCCGAUCGAGCAAACAGCUUAUGGACUGGAGUUUCAACAAUGACCUAACAAAUGCCGGCAACCUUUUUCUUGACCCUGCAACGGCCAUGUUUGCCGGCUCCGCGCCGGGUGCCCCGUUCAUUCUUCCUCCUAUGGCCAACGAUGCUGUAUCAAAUGUCGGCCAAUUGUUGCUCCCGAAUUCGAGUUCAAGCAGUUUCCGACUGGGAUCCUCAAGAUCUGGUCGGCGGAACGCGGCCGGUGGCAGGAGCGCAGCUGCGCAGAGGGAGAGGAAGCAUCCGGUAGAAGUGAGUUCAAAGAGUUUACUGUAA